AUGUAUGAAAUAACAAAAAAAUUACCAAUUGCUGGAAUAGUUACAUAUGCUGAUUAUGAAUUAUUAUCUGUUUAUUCCAAAUCAAUGGCGAAUGCACAAUAUACAGCAUGUUAUGAUUAUGAACGAAUGUUUGAUUUAAAAUGUGCAUUAAAUGAUAUAAUAUAUAUGAUUCAUAAAAAGGUUCGAACUGAGUUGAAUGCUAUUGAACAAUUAUCACAGUCUCGUGAUAACAACUAUCGAGGUCGUCAGCAUUGUGGAAAAAUUUGA